CGCAAAUACGGCGAGCUCAGCGGCGAAAUUGUAACGGUUGAGAUUGUUCUGCAGGAGAUUGAAGAGCUCAGCAGAACAACCAAGGCUCGAGGCCUAGGCAUCAGCCUGUGUGGAAAUCGCGAUCUCAACCAGAUGGAGGUUCUUGUUUGUGGUCUGCGGCCGGGUGGAAUCGCUGACCUUGACGGCCGGAUCAUUGUUGGUGACCAACUUCUGGAGCUCAACGACCACGUCCUGUACGGUCGCAGUCACUUAAACGCCGCCCCAAUUAUCCUCUCCAGCUACGCCAAUAUGCUCAAUAAAGCGGGAGACAAACACAAGCACGGAAACAGUCAGGCGUUGCGGUUUGUCAUUCGUCGACUGCCUGAAAACUUGGCCAAUCUCGCCUGUCCUCCGAUUGCUUAUCCAUCGCCAAGCGAAUUUUGGCUCGACGAAGAAGUUGACCCCGCUUCCAUCUUUUUCCUAACAGGGAUCCGGGCUUGCUUCAUCCCUACAGACCUCUAUCCUAGUUCGGGAAGAUUUGAGAUUCCAGCGGGGAUCGAGUUGGUUCUCGAGCUUAACGUUCUUGAAAUCGAGUCACAGCCUUGCGCAAUCGACUGA